AUGGGCGGCCUGCUGUCCGCCUACUACCUGUCGGGUGGGGACGAGCUGUUCCUGCACAAGGCGGAGCAGCUGGGGGACCGCCUCAUGCCGGCCUUCAACACCACCACAGGCUUCCCCAUCACGAAAGUGCAGCUCAAGCCGACCUCCAAGGAGCGCAUGCGCAUGCCGCGCCAGGACGGCCAGACGAACCUAGCUGAGGCUGCCACUCUGUCAAUGGAGUUCACCACCCUAGGCCGCAUCACAGGCCGGGACGACUUCUCACAUGCCGGCAUGAUUGGGUGGUACGCCCUCAUGGGUGCCAAGAACAUCAGCGGCCUCUACUGCGUUGGCCUCACCACCGGCCACGGCGACUGCUACCUGCAUAAGCUGUCGGUGGGAAGUGCGGCGGACAGCAUGUACGAGUACAUGCUGAAACAGUGGGUGCUGUCCAACAAGACCCAGGAAGUGCCGCUGUUGCUCUAUAAGGACGCCAUGGCCGGCAUGAGGAAGUGA